AUGUACAAAUUGCAAACUCUCCCACGGCUUCAGAGCUGUUCUAAGGCGUAUCUUAGUUCAAGAUGCGCCUAUGCUACGACGUCCUAUAGUACACCUGCGCCAUAUGCCUCUAGAUUAUCGGAAGAAGAUAUAAAUCAAGCCAGGACAUAUUGUUCCAAUCUUAUACAAAAAUUUGAUUCGCCAUCCUAUACUCUACAAACCUUCAUUCCUCCCUCAACGAAAGAUGCCUACCUUUCAAUCCGUGCUCUCAAUAUUGAAUUAGCCCGCAUUCCAGAUAUUGUAUCCAAUUCAACUGUCGGAGCUCUGCGCAUGCAAUUCUGGCGAGAUAAUUUGAAUCGAACAUUUGCGAAUACGCCUCCAAAAGAACCCGUCGCUAUCCUUCUACAUCAUGCGCUCACGACUCUCCAAUCGCGAUAUGAAGGAAUCAGCACAAGUGUGAUGAAGGGAUGGUUCAUGAAGGUCGUCAAUACGAGGGAACAGUACAUGGAUAAUCGACCUUACACAAAUAUGGAAGCGUUAGAAAUGUACGCGGAGAAUACAUAUUCAACAUUAAUGUACUUGACAUUAGCAACUUUGCCUCUUCAAUCGAUGGCAGCAGACCAUGUUGCCAGUCAUAUUGGUAAAGCGGCUGGAAUUGCUGCAGUUCUAAGAGGUUUGCCACUUAUAGCAUUUCCGCCACCACCGAAUCAUCAUAGCAAUAAUGGCGGUGCCCUUGGUGGCAAUGCUGGCAGUCGUCAAGGGGCAGUGGUCUUACCAUUAGAUGUUAUGGCCGAAACCGGUGUUAAAGAGGAAGAUGUGCUGAGACUUGGGGCAGAAGCUCCCGGUUUGAAAGAUGCCAUAUUUACAGUGGCGACAAGAGCAAAUGAUCAUUUGAUCACUGCCAGGGAAAUGUUAAAGAACCUCCAAGCAGGUAAAGAAGCAGGUCACGAGUUCGAACAUCAAGGUGAGGACGGUCACUACUAUGCAGAAAGUGAGAACACCCAGGUCAGCGAUAUGGAAAGAGGUUUUGGUAUCUUUAUGCAAGCCGUCCCUACAAGAUUGUGGCUUGAAAAACUGGAAAAGCUGGAUUUUGAUGUCUUCAGGCCAGAGCUUCGGGCAAGGGAGUGGAAGUUGCCAUACAAGACAUACUGGGCAUAUACUCGGCGAACCAUUUGA